UUGUGUUGUUUUACUGCAGUGAUACUGUUGUAACAAUGUCUAAUGUAUUGAAAGUUGUGUUUUCUAUUAGUAUUCUUGUCUGGGUGUUUGCUCAGGCUGAUCCCAUAGACGAUUUGAAAAAGGAAUACGCGAGUUUAGUUAUGGAAUGUGUAGCUGUAUACCCCAUAACUGUUGAAGAAGUAGAACUGAUGAAGAACGGGACGCUGCCCAAAAAUACAGAAGUGAACUGCCUUCUGGCGUGUGCAUAUAAGAAAACAGGAAUGAUGGAGGAAAAUGGAAUGCUAUCAAUUGAAGGUAUAAAUAAGCAGACGGAGAAGUAUUUCUCUGAUAAUCCAGAGAAAAUGAAGAAAGCACGUGAAUUUAUAGACGCAUGCAAAGGCGUGAAUGAUGAAGCUGUAUCUGAUGGAGAAAAAGGUUGCGAUCGAGCUGCACUGAUCUUCACUUGCACAGCAGAAAAAGCGCCUGGGGCAAAAACGGACGACGAAAUCAAGGCGGAUUUCAUAAAACUAGUAAUGCAAUGUACGAGCGAGCACCCAAUAGACAUGAGUGAGUUGACACAGCUUCAGAAACUAAUUGUGCCAAAGAAGCCCGAGGUUAGAUGCCUACUCGCCUGCGCUUACAGGAAGGAAGGUAUUAUGACCAGCAAAGGUACAUAUGACAUAGAUCAUGCAUACAAAAUGGCGGAAGAAAAUGCCAACGGCGACGACAACCGGAAAGAAAAUGCGAAGAAACUGGCUGAUAUUUGUGUGAAAGUGAAUGACAGUGAAGUAAGUGAUGGAGAAAAGGGCUGCGACCGAGCGGCGCUUUUAUUGAAAUGUCUUAUCGAUAAUGCUCCUAAGCUGGGAUUCAAACUGUAGAACUAAGAAUACUCCAAGAACGUGAUGC